AUGCUGUUUGCUCCCAGGUAGAGUCAUCGCACCAUGCACGUACCUAAGGCGAGGGGAGAGGGAGGGAUAGAGGGAGGCGGGAGGGAUAGCACUCAUCCACGCACCCAUCUCAUCUGCCUGUCUGUGUUGGUGUGUGGGUGGCAGGCAGAUCCGUGGUGAGUGCGACCAUCCAGCAUGACCUCGGUUGCAUCACGAUGUGUGAUGUGUGUCACGCUCAUGUAUCUUGCAUGUUUCUGCCUGUUUGCUUUCCUAUUUGCCCAGGUGCCUUGUACCUGUUGGUCAUGCUGGAAGGAUGGCUCUUGUGUUGCGUGGCUGAGAGGGCAGUGCCGGCAUCCGUGGCAUUCCUGCACCGCUACACCCCGACCCACAUCGGUGCGGGCCACCGCGACCACAGCACUGCUGACAAGACAACCACAAGGCUGCUGCCUCUGGAUCGCCUUUUGAAGGCCACGCGCGGCGAGCUGCCCUUACGUAGGUCCGUCGUUGUCUAGAUCGGAGGGGUGGGGCGGGCCAGCCAGCCAGCCAACGAGAGAGGCGGGCACUGAGUCAUUCACUCAAGUAUUGUCUGUCUGCCUGCAGAUGCCGUCCGCGGCAGGAAUGA